AUGGUACGAACAGCGGCCGAUUCGAUCCUGAAGGAGGCUCAUGAUGAUCCCAACACCUUACCUCCUACUGUUGGCGAUAAGUGGCUAUCCCGCUGGCUUAUACGUCACCCACAAUACAAUAUGAAGAAGGCAAGGGCUAUAGAGGUAGAGCGACGUCGUACUCAUAAUCGGGACGACCUGGAGGACUGGUAUCGCCGUCUUCAAAGCGUUAUUGCCGUACAUGGGAUCCUAGAAAACGACAUCUGGAAUUUCGGUGAAACAGGCUUUCAAAUUGGUAUUGGAAAAGACCAGUGGAUCAUCACCAGAGAUCAUCCAAAGACCUACUUAGGCCUCAACUCCAACCGGGAAUAUGUUACGGUUGUAGAGGCAAUCUCUGCAGCUGGGGACCUAUGCCCUCCCUUUAUUAUUAUGCCUGGUAAAUGCAUCUUCCGUGGCUGGUUCGAUAAAGCGUCGAAAGGGACCCAUAUAGGAGUCUCCGAUAGUUGCUAUAUGACGGAUUCCCUUGCUUUUCAGUGGAUUCAGGGCUUUAACCUCUAUACAAAACAUCGAACUAGGGGGGAUUAUCGUCUCCUACUCUGUAACGGGUAUGGAUCCCAUCUCACCUACGAGUUCGUCCAAUACUGUGAGAAGCAUAAGAUUGUAUUAUUCUUUCUACCUCCUCAUUCAUCCCACCUACUUCAACCGCUCGAUAUAGGCGUAUUUCAUGCUUAUAAGCAUCAUCAUGCUGAGGCAGUAUCCAACGCUACGUACGCUGGAUGUGGGAAGUUCACUAAGACCGACUUCUUACACGCUCUAUCGACUAUCCGCAAGAAAACUUUCAAAAAUACUACGAUUCGCCAUGCUUUUCGCCUAGCAGGGCUUGUACCCUGGAAACCAGCAGUCGUACUGGCUAAUCUGCCAGAAAUCCGGCCGUCUACACCUUCAUCUACGACCUCUAGCGAGGCAGGGUCUUCAGUACUAAGAUAUGACGCCGUACAGGACGGCUACGGAUUCACUAGGAGGCUCUCCAAAUUCAUAAAAGGCAGUAUAGCGCAGGGUUGGCUUGCUGCAGGGUUGCAGCGGCAAUUAGACGAGAUAACCAGGGUUCAACGAGAAAAAGCAGAGCGAGAUCGUGCCUCUAGACGGCGUGCCCCGGUUGGUGGAGUCGUCUCCAGUACUAGUCUUGCUCAUAUAGAGCGGAAAGAAGAGGAAUUGGAUGCUUUAAAAGAGCGUACUCGUCUACGUGCUAAAUGGAAGCAGGUUAUGGUCGAACUUGUCGACUACGCCAUAGACCGGGAGAUUAUCAUAAAGCGCCAGCGAAAGAGCAGGAAUAAAGAGGAGACCUCCAGCUUUCCAACAGUAUAG